CAAAGCAAAUCCGGAAGUAGACGAGGAAGCGGCGGACAAAACAAGUGAAUUAUCGUGCUCUUUCGCUAUUAAAACUGGAGCUAUGGACGGCGUGGUUUCGCUCACAAGCUGAAAGUCUCAUUACAGCAACAUGUCGACUAAAGAGGGUGGAGGUGCCAAAGUUUUGGCCUCUCCUGAAAACAUGGCCACAGACAAAGGCAGACAGAACCAGAACCAGCAUAUAGUUGAGGCGAUACCAGGCAACGCAGACACCAGCAUAGCAGCAAAAAACUUGGCCCUGCUCAAAGCACACUCUCUGGACGUAAAGUUUGACGUCGGAGAAGAGUAUGAUGUCAUCGAAACCAUCGGCACCGGGGCGUAUGGUGUCGUUUCAUCCGCCAGAAGAAGGGACAACGGCCAGCAGGUGGCAAUAAAGAAGAUCUCCAAUGCUUUUGAGGUGGUGACGAACGCCAAGCGAACACUGAGAGAGCUGAAGAUCUUAAAACACUUCAAACAUGACAACAUCAUCGCCAUCAAAGACAUCCUGCAGCCGAACCUUCCUCACUCUGCCUUCAAGUCUGUAUAUGUUGUGUUGGACCUCAUGGAGAGCGACCUGCACCAGAUCAUCCACUCAGCCCAGAUUCUAACCCCUGAACACACGCGCUACUUCCUCUACCAGCUCCUCCGUGGCCUUAAGUACGUGCACUCUGCCAACGUCAUCCACCGUGACCUCAAACCCUCCAACCUGCUGGUGAACGAGAGCUGUGAACUGAAAAUAGGGGACUUUGGCAUGGCGCGGGGUCUGAGCUCCCACCCAGAGGAGUCAUACUGCUUUAUGACGGAGUACGUGGCGACCCGGUGGUACCGCGCUCCUGAGCUCCUGCUGUCUCUCAAUCAUUACAGUUUGGCCAUUGACAUGUGGUCUGUGGGCUGCAUCUUUGCUGAGAUGAUGGGGCGCAAGCAGCUUUUCCCCGGGAAGAACUACGUGCACCAGCUGCAGCUCAUCUUGAGCGUGUUGGGCACUCCCCCUGAGGGUUUGAUCGGCUCCAUCAGGGCUGAUAGGGUCCGCUCCUACGUUCAGAGCCUCCCAUCCCGAACACCCGUACCUUUGGCCAAACUGUACCCGCAAGCUGAAGCUUCGGCUUUAGACCUCCUACAGGCCAUGCUGCAGUUUGAUCCUCGUGAACGCAUCAGCGUGACGGAGGCGCUGGCGCAUCCUUACGUGUCCAAGUACCACGACCCAGACGACGAGCCAACAUGCGUGCCAGCUUUUGACUUUGAGUUUGACAAGCUUCCAAUGAACAAAGAGCAAAUUAAAGAGGCUAUUCUGAUGGAGAUUCAAGACUUUCACAAAAAGAAACUGAGUUCUCGUCCAAGGCUGCAGUUUAAGCCUUUGUCAAGGGUCGAACCUGCGGCGCAAGGAAGUAACCAGCCAGCAAAUGUUGACCUGACCAAGCAAACGAUGGCCGCAAUUGAACAACAGCAAAUGACAGAAGCAAACUCUCAGAAGCAACUAAACAACCCACCAGCAGAUGUGAACCAAGCAUUCACAAACCAGGUGCCCCAUCAUAUAGCCCUCCUCAGUAAAAAUGUAAGCUGUCCAGUCGACGUGGACAUGCCUAGUGCCAACUCCGACAGCGGACAGUUGGAGACGAUCGACCUCACCACACCAGUGUCCACUCAGGACGCUCCAUCAGAAACAAUGAGAGACGGAGAAGGACAGGCAGGAAUCCCAGCCAUCCAGAGCCAGCCCAUGGAGCCCGACGCCAUUCCCUCGUCACAAGCACAAACCAUGACCGCCCUACCGACCAGCGUGCCUUCCCUGUCUCUGUCGGCAGCACAGGUCCAGUCUCUGUCUCAGUCUCUUUCACACUCGCUGUCCAAGAAUGCAAGGCCUCCUCCGCGUGCAGCCGAGGGAACGAGAAAGGAAGGCGCCAUUUCCGAAGACACCAAAAAUGCCCUGAAAGCAGCUCUGUUAAAAUCAGCUCUAAGAAAUAAGGCCAGAGGCGACGGAGGCGGCUCUGGGUUGGGCAUUGAUGGUGGCACCGGAGGAGGAAGUAUCUCCUCUGCGGUGUCUUCUGUUCCCGAGUCGCGGCGGCCCGUCACGGCCCAGGAACGUCAGCGAGAGAGAGAGGAGAAAAGACGAAAGAGGCAGGAACGAGCACGCGAGAGGGAGAGAAAAAUUAAGGAGAAGGAAAGAAAGGAGAAGAAACAGGGCGACUCGCUGGGCGGGGUCCUGCUGAGCGACAACGACAAGAGCCUCUUGCAGCGCUGGACGAAGAUGAUCGACAGCUGCAGCGACAAAUCCCAAACUGCUAAUAACGACGGGAAAACUAAGGAUUGUAACCUGAAUUCCCAAAGAAUCAGUGAGAACAAUAAAACAAACAUGGAGGCGAGGAAAAGUCAGCCUCAUGAGCAGCUAGCUUCUCAAGUAAAACCGAACCAGCAGCGUCUGUUUCUGCCUCCAGCCACCACCCAGCAGCUAACUCUGCCUUUCUCCAUGAGCCUGAGGAAGCCUCCAGGAGACGUAGUAGCUGCUGUAUGCGGUGGGAUCGACAUGAUGGCCGUCACUGGUGGAUAUGUGAAAAACAACACACUCCAGCCGCACGCAGAGGGCAGCGGGGAAAGCGAAUUCGCCGGCGUGGGGAACUGGAGCGGCCAGCAGCUGGAAACGAGGCCGACGCAGCAGCCGAGCAGGACGCCGCAGCCAGCGUCCGGCUUCCUGCAGAGUCAGCCGCCGCCCGACCCGAAACCUCAGGCGCACCUGCUCCCCCUCGAGAGCUUUCUGCCCAAAGCUCCUUCGGUGGCCAUCAGAGAGACAAAUGGGAACGUGGAAGUCAGAGGUCAGAGUAACCUCAACUCGUUGACUGCGAGUCCCGGACUCAUGGAGAAGCUUUGCUCUUCUCUGGGUGAGAAAUCAGCAGCACAGAGUAUAAACCAUCUCUGUGGGACUUUGGUGGUUCCUCCCUCCCAGCCACACCCCAGCUUAGGAUUUACAGACACGGGGCAACAAGGGCCCUCUAUUGCCCCUGACAUCCAUACAGUGACCCUGCAGCUGUCAAAGUCACAGGUAGAGGACCCGUUACCCCCCAUGUUCUCGGUUACCCCAAAGGGCAGCGGGGCAGGGUACGGGGUGGGCUUCGAUCUGGAUGACCUUUUCAACCAGUCUCUGACGGAACUGCAACACGGUGACCGGGACAGCUUCGACUCGGCGCCUCUGUCUGCCUCCCUGUUAUCUGAUUGGAGCGAGGUCCACCGCAUGACUCCGGCUGACCUCGAGUCGCUGCAGCAGGAGUUGCAGCUCGGCUCACCCAUGAUCCUCUCUGAUACCAUCCCCCAUGAUGCCUGACUUGACCUCCCUCCUCAAACACACUUGCAUUUGUGUUUUAACCACCAACGUGGGCAACAUGCAUCAAAGCCAAUAAUGUUUCCUUCCAUAGGCGAUGUAGAGCAUUUCUUAAAUCAUGCAGCUCUUUCUGUAAUAAAAACAUUUUGGCACCACC